AUGCCAAAACAGCAAUUAAGAAAAAACGUUAUCAAUGCGUGCACAAAUUGCAAAAAGACAAAAACCAAGUGUGAUGGUGAAGAACAGUGUGCGAGAUGUGCUGAUAAAAAAUUAGAAUGUACUUACAUUCUCCCAGUAAAAUCUCGAGGACCGACACCGAAAUCUGUCAAAAAUGCUCGUCAAAUAUCAAAUUUAAGAAGAAACGGUCAAUUUAGACCUAUAAAACCUAAACCUAUUACUACAAAUAAUGUGACUAUUGCAUCGCAAAAUGUUACGAUUAAUAACUCUGGAAACAAUUUAUUACAAAUUCCACAACAAUUUCAACAAAUUAUUCCAUCAACAUUAAUUUACACACCUAAUAAUAUAAAUAAUAAUAUAAACGAUGAUAAUAAUAAUAUAAAUAAUAUAAAUAAUAUAGGAUCUUCCCCAUUAAUGUUUGAAAGCAAUAAUUUUCUUCAAUCCGAAAAUAAUAACUUCAACAAAAAUUUAAAUGAAACUAAUACCACAACUUUAAACGAUGAUGUUUCAAAUUUUGAUAUUAAUUUAAUGCCAGAAUGUAUUUACUCUGAGCAAUUUACUAAUUCUAUUACAAAUAAUUUAACUACGAAUGAUAGUACGAAUAUUACGGAUAUUUAUGCAAUGAUUGUUAACGCCCAAAUGAAUACCGUUACCAUUCCAAAUAUGAAUAAUAUUUCAAAUAUGAAUAAUAUCACAACUAUGAAUGCUAUUUCAACUAUGAAUAACGAUACUCCAAAUCUGAAUGUUACUCCAAAUACGAAUAACAUGAAUAAUAUGAAUGCUAUCCUAAAUGUUACCCCCAUGUAUGAAACGUCGAAUACUAUAAUUACACCUGUUAAUAAUUUCAUGAAUCUAAGCAUUGAAGACACAAUCUUAAAUUCCAAUACUGUUGAUAAUAUAUCAUAUGACAUGUUUUAUUCUCCCUCAGAAAUGAUAAACUUUAAUAAUACUCACGAUGAAUGGGAAUUUUUUUCCCAAACAAAUUGA